AUGUAUGCGUCCAGUUCUUUGCCACCGACAAGUGAUCCAUUGAAGUUGUUCAUGGAAGACAUUGAAAAAACUCAAACACUUUUGGGUAAAUACGCUAAGAUCCAAACCUAUCUUGUCUCUCUCAAGGACGAGAUGAGUAAGAUCAAGGCUCUCGACCUUCCCAAGUCCAAACAACUCUUGGAUCAUGAACAACUCAAGAGUGGACACAUUGCCUCACGGAGUAGGGCAACAAGAGUCUCUGAAUAUCCAAACCUAAACCCAACUAACACUCUACAAGCACCACAAAUAUCGAUGCAAAGUCAACAAGGAACAUUGCAUCACGGAGUAGGGCAACAAGGAUCACUGCAGACGAAAAUGCAACAUCAAAGGAAUCAAAUGUUACAGCUACAUCUAGCAAGACAACAGCAACAGCAGCAAGGAUUACUGCAACCACAAGUUAUGAAACCAAGUCAACUUCAACAACAGCAAUUAAUGCAAGCGCAACGGCUACAGAAAGGAUUACUGCAACAACAAAUUAUGAAACUGAACCCAAAAUUUAAUGAACCAAGUCAACUGCAACAACAUCGAGAAUUACUGCAACAUUUAGGGCAACAAGUAUUCGGGCAACAAGAAUGA